AUGCAGACUUCGUCAAACGACCGCGGCCAUAUCGGCAACGGGGGCUCGCCGCGGCUGGAGGGCAGCCUCCUUCAUGCUCAGGAGAGCAUAGCAGGAAUUAGGAAUGGGGGCACACAUGCAGACAGGCCCAAAUCAACUGGAUCCUCUAGUGAUUCGGCGACACUAGCAGACGGCACCCAACGACAGGACGCUGCGGCCACAGCGAAGCCAGCGGGGGCUGCCACGGCAUCGAACCAGUACCGGCCAACCUCAUAUCUGUUCGAGAGCCGCGAUGCAACUCCUACGCCGGUCGCUGUUCCCGAGAUGCAGAAGCUCACCGAAGAUGUGCCUCCCAGGGACCAGAUAUCCAUCAUUCUCGGGCCCUUCUUCAUCAUCUUUGGCGAUCUCGUCAUCCCCUGUAUUGUCUACUACGUCUGGCUCGGCGCACAACCUGCCGGGGCGCCUAGAUACAACAAAGAUAUCCUCGGUUUUGCCAUCCUUCCCUUCGGACUUGGGGAGCUUUACAUUCUCGUCGUGCGAGUAUGGCGGCUUAUCAAGUACUACGACCAAUGUGCGCCGCUGCUGUCCAAACAUAAAUGGGAGCUCGACGCCACUUCGUGGAUUUACGCAGCGGCCCUUCUUGCGGCCUUGAUCCCCUUCGUUGUCGGCUCGGAAAGAACCAUCCCACAACUUUAUCUGUACGCGCCCGGGAUCUACAUGGCCUUCCUUCUCUCCUGGGCUUUGUUCAGUCUCGUACCAUUCAAAACUCCAGUCCGCAUCGAUUCUGAACCCAAAGGUCAUCGCAUGCGUCCUCUUGUCUACUACGCCGCUGAAGACUUCUUCGCAGUUGACGGAUGGCAGAAGAAGGAGUUCCGCGUAAGGUAUAGACAGCGGUACGACUCUUCGAUCAUGUUCCAAAAGAUGAUUUUCGAGUUGACCGUGUGGUGGUGCUCUGGAAUAUUAGUAUACAUUGGUUGUCUUUCGGCCAUCAUAUGGAACACGGAAUUCGAAGUAGCCUUUGGAUUGUCACUGGGACUGCUCUUCUCGUUCAUCAUCUCUUGGGCUAUUAUGACGUAUAUUUACAUUCAAGUGGCACUGGAGAGGGAGAGAAAAUGGUGGAUAAACAAAAAGUCUACUGGAGAGAAGGCUUAA